AUGACACAAGAAUUUACUGAUGAAAUCGUUGAUGGAGUUCACUGUUGUUCAAAACGUUCAGUGAUCAAAUCAUUUGCCGAUUUACAAAUACAAACGGAAUCAUAUAAACGAUUUCAUCGGGGUACACAAUCGAAACGAUAUAAAACCCAGGCACUUCAAACAGAUUGGUAUCAUCAAAAUGAAAAGCUUCACAACGCCAAACUCACCAAUAAAGAUAAAUUAAUUGAAGAAAAAAAAAUAUUAUGUCUUCUAAAACGCGCUGAACCAAUUAUCACAAAUGCAAUACAAAAGAAUAUUCACUCGAAAGUGUUUAACCAGUCAAAAUUGGGCAAACUAUUCAGUAGAAAUAAUGCGGCAGUAAAAAAUACACUUUUACUAAAUGAAGCAAAAGAAUUCAAAUUAUCUGCUACAGGAUUAUCGUGGAAUUCUAAUGGAACCUUACUAGCGAUAUCAUAUGGAUCAUUGUGUCAUACAGAUUGGUGUAUACAUAAUGGUAUGGCAGCGCUGUGGAAUGUGUCAAAUGAAACAUUGGUAUUUGAUACUCCUAAGCAAAAAUAUGUGACAAAUAGUUGCUUGAUGUGCAUUAAAUUUCAUCCAGUAGUCCCAUCGUUACUGGCUGGAGGAACAUUUACAGGAGAUUUAGUUGUCUGGAAUCGUGCUAACGAAAACGAUCAUCUAUUAGCUAGUAUCGGAGGUAUGAAUAAUGGUCAUAAAGACUGUAUCAAUCAAAUCAACUGGAUCUCAGGUAGUCUAGAGUCUAGCUUACAAAAUUUAACUUUCAACAAUAUCACUCAGUAUACAACAACUUAUCAGUUAUUAAGUGCAGGAAGUGAUGGAAGAGUUAUUUGUUGGCGAAUCGAUCUACGUCACUCAGGAAAAGUGGACUGUGUUAAAAUAUUUCAAAUAAGACACAAAGAUCAAAAUUCUUUACCAAUAUCCAGUCAUUUGAAUUCAUUUAAAAAUCAGAAUCCCUUUCGAUCAAAUUUAUCCGAGACAAUAACUAAUGACGAAGCGGUUAAUAUAACUUGUGUUUCAUUGGCUAAAAAUGAUCCGGAAAACUUUGUUGUUGGAACAGAAACAGGAGGAUUAUUAAUCUGUCAAAUAAAUUCUGUUGAUUGGAAUAAAACGCAUAAAGAAUCCUUGGACGAACAUCUACAGUCGCCGGUUAAAUUUUCCCUUGCUCGUCAAGAUGGCCCAAUUUAUUCAGUUGACUGGAGUAAAUUCCAUCCCAAUCUUAUUCUUGUUUCUGGAUUCAAUCAUUGUAUUCAGCUCUUUAAUAUAUUACAAAAAUCUCCAUUGAUCAGCAUUGAUCCAAAUGAUGGUUUAGUACAUGUUGUUGAGUUUUCAUCUCAUUUACCAAAUAUUUUUAUGUGCAUAACUGAAUAUAAUCAUAUACUUGUUUACGAUUUGAUCGGUGAUGAAGGAAUCAAUACAAUAUACAAUAGUUUUAAUGAAGAAAAACAGUACAAUUUUCAACCUGAGCUACUGUAUACAUUGACAUCUCAAAUAGAUAGUGAUGCUUAUAAUACAGUUGUAUCUGCAAAACUUAAUGAACAAGAUUCUAAACUAAUUGCUACUGGAAAUACAAGUGGAGUUGCAUAUAUAUGGGAUUUUGGUAAUUUGAUCAAUGAAUUAUCAUCAAAAGUAAUACAUACUUAGUAAUUAUACAUAUUUCUUAAUUUUGCAAUCCUGGUGAUUUAUUCGCCUAUUCAGUGUUUCGACUUAAAACUUGUGAACCGGUUUGUCCCAUCACCUCAUUAAUUGUAUACUUUUUUUAACAUGAAUUAUACAUCUUAUCACUUA